UUGAAAAAAAAAAAAGAAAAAAAAAUAAAAGACAAUUAGGUUUUGAUUCAUCGAACGGAAGUAGGAUGGGCAGCGUGGUGUUGAACAAGCCAGCCAAUGCACUGCGCUUCGGAUUGACGGAACCAAUUUCGACUGCUGGUCCCUCUCAAUUGGAUGUGAUCAGAACUCAAGAAUUGGAGCAGAUUCUUGUAGAUGCAGGACUAUAUGAAACAGAGGAUGAAGCUAUAAAAAGGGAGGAAGUUCUAGGGAAGUUAGACCAGAUUGUGAAAGAAUGGGUGAAAAAGGUCACGGAGGCUAAGGGGUUCAAUGAGCAGCUGGUCCAAGAAGCAAAUGCAAAAAUCUUCACCUCUGGCUCUUAUCGAUUGGGGGUGCAUGGACCUGGUGCAGAUAUAGACACCUUAUGUGUUGGACCUAGACAUGUUACACGAGAGGGAGAUUUUUUUGGUGAGCUUCACAGAAUGCUUGCAGACAUUCCUGAAGUAGAAGAGCUACAUCCUGUGCCUGAUGCUUAUGUUCCUGUGAUGAAAUUUAAACUAAAAGGGGUUUCUAUUGAUCUACUUUAUGCAAAACUAGAACAUUGGAUUAUUCCUGAGGACUUGGAUUUAUCACAAGAAUCAGUACUCCAAUAUGUUGAUGAGAAAACCAUUCUUAGCCUCAAUGGCUGCAGAGUCACUGACCAAAUUUUGCAUUUGGUUCCAAAUGUCCAGAACUUUCGAACCACAUUGAGAUGCAUAAGAUAUUGGGCAAAACAGCGUGGGGUUUAUUCAAAUGUUGCAGGAUUCCUUGGUGGUAUAAAUUGGGCUCUGCUUGUUGCUCGUGUAUGCCAAUUAUACCCAAAUGCACUGCCAAAUACAUUGGUGUCCCGGUUCUUCAAGUUGUUUGCUCAAUGGAAAUGGCCUAACCCAGUUAUGCUAUGUCCCAUUCAAGAAAGAUCUCUAGGUUUUCCUGUCUGGGAUCCUACUCAAAAUGUCAGUGACAGAAGACAUUUAAUGCCAAUAAUUACUCCUGCAUAUCCUUGCAUGAAUUCUAGCUAUAAUGUAUCAGCAAGUACUUUGCACGUUAUGCAGGAAGAACUUCAAAGGGGACAUGUAGCGUGCGAGGCAGUGGAGGCAAAGAAUUCUGGAUGGAUUAGUCUCUUUGAGUCUUUCCAUUUCUUUGAGGCAUACAAUAAUUAUCUGCAGAUAGACAUAGCUGCUGAGAAUGAUGACGACUUGAAGAAAUGGAAAGGCUGGAUUAAAUCAAGACUUCGUCUGCUUACUAUGAAGAUUGAAAGAGAUACACGUGGUUUGCUCCAAUGCCAUCCACACCCUGGUGAAUUCUGUGACAAAUCCAGAUCCUUCCACUGCUGUUACUUCAUGGGCUUGCAGCGAAAACAAGGAGUUGAGACUCAGGCAGGCAAGCAAUUUGAUUUAAGGUCAACCAUUGAGGACUUUAGGCAUUCAGUGGGGAAGUACAACUUUUGGAAGCCUGGAAUGUCAAUCCAAGUAUGUUAUAGAAGAAAAAAAGACAUUCCUCAUUUUGUCUUCCCUGGUGGAGUCAGGCCUCAUCAUCUGGAAGGAAAAUCCAGUGGAAGUAAAAGAAGAAGGGAUGAAAACAACGCUGGCAGUAAGUUGAAGAAAUCUACUGUUUUGGCAGUAAACAAGGAUGUGAAUGUGAUAGUGGAUCCAGGAGCAAAUAGACAGGUUGUAGUGAAUGCUGAGGAGAGUACCAAAUAUGGAAGCUGUGUUUCUGAGAAUUCUUCACACCAUAGCCCUGUCCAGGAUCCUUUGACUUGUUCUUCUAGCUCAUCUGAAGUGGAGAAGCCUGCUGCCUUGGACACUUCUCGCUCAUCUUUUGGCCAGCAUGAUUCCCAAAAGGAAACCCAUAAACUUGAAGAUGAUGCAGGAUCAGUGAGACGUGUUAAGAUGGUAGUCAAUCCAUUUUCCUCGUCAACAUUGGAUCUAGAGGCAGCACCCACAAGCAAAGUUGUCAGAGAUUAUUCUAGUUUUUCCCAGAGCAAGGCCACAGAGACAGCGGAGCCUGAGGUCGAGGAACUUACCGCAUCUAACACCAAUGUGGCACCCCGUUUAGGCUCCUUGGCCCCUCGAAAGUCCCUUAUCAGGUUAAGUUUUACAACCCUGACCAAGGCAAAUGGCAAGGGCACUUGAAUCAACAAUCUUCAUUAAUUUCUUGAACGCGAGAGACUUAAUUGGUCACCAUCAAGCGUGCCAUGAAGAUUAAACUUAACCAUUGUUUGCAGAGACUCUCUGUAUAGUAAUAUAGCAGCUGUAUUAAUAAAUUGAAAAGAAUUUU